AUGGGGUUCUGGUCCUCUAAAAGUGGUAUCAGCUCUAAGUACUCAUUCUCUUCAUCUCCCACCUUUGGGACAGGUUCGUGGGAUGUCUAUACAGGAAGAUUAAAAAAUUCGCAAAGCACAUCCAAUUCUGGUAAGGUUUCAGUGUUUAUCUUUGAUAAGAAACAAUUUGAGAAUUAUCUUUUAAGGUAUAAUAUAAUUAAAUCAAGAUCUUCGUCCCAUGAUAAAAAAUUUAUUCAAGAAGGGUACGAAAUAUUAAGAAACCAAGUGAAUAAUUUGGCCAAGUUGAAGCAUCCCAAUGUUUUGACGCUGGUCGAGCCAUUAGAGGAACAUAGUAAAAAUUUUAUGUUCGUUACAGAAUAUGUUACAGGAACUUUAGAGACGGUGUUUUCCAAUGACGAUACUGAAGAGCAAGAUUUCUUGAAGGGACAUAUUAAGGAAGACAUUGUUAUACAGCGAGGUAUUCUACAAAUAGUGAAUGGACUGGACUUCAUUCAUAAUCGAGCAAGUUCUGUUCAUUUGAAUAUUAAACCAAAUGCAAUUUUUAUUAAUGAAAAUUCUGAUUGGAAAGUAUCUGGUCUGGGUCAUUUAUUUAAGUUACCACAGGGUACAAAUACAGCAGAUUAUUAUUUCCCUCAAUAUGAUCCAAGAACGCCGAAAUUUAUGACAUUAAAUUUAGAUUAUACUGCACCGGAACUAGUUUUUGAAAACACAGUCUCUUGUAAAAAUGAUUAUUUCUCACUAGGUCUAUUAAUGAAUUUUUUAUAUAAUGGGAAAAAUGUACUUCUAAAGACAGAAAAUUCAAGUAGUCAAUAUAAAGAUGAAUAUAAAAAACUUGAAAAAAAGAUCAGUUCAAUGUCAUGGGAUAACGUAUUUAACAAACUACCUCCCAAGUUAAAACCAUGUAUACCGAAGUUAAUGACUAGAGAUAUUUAUUCUCGUUAUGAUAAUAUUGCAGAAUUCGCAGAUAGUGAAUUUUUCCACGAUCCAUUAAUCAAAGUUCUAAAUUUUCUGGAUGGGCUACCUACAAAAUCCAAUGAAGAAAAAUUUGUAUUCUUAGACGGAUUAGUUGAGCUGUUGCCACAAUUUCCGAGCACAAUUUUACAAAAAAAAUUCUUACCAGUUUUGUUAGAACUAAUGAAUCUACUAUGUAGCGAGAAACCUGUGGACAGUAGAUGUGUGGCUAAAAACCUUGAAAUUAUUAUUAAGAUAGGAUCUACUUUGUCCCAAUUAUCGUUUAGCGAAAAAAUCUUACCAGUACUAUCAGAUAGUGUUAAUUUCCAAGUCCUCUUGGAAAAUGCUACAGACACUUUAGUGGAUAAUCUUUCAAUUCUUAAAGAAAAGAUUAAGGCCUCUGAUUUUUUAGAUACUAUUUUAAAUCCUUUGUUAACAUACACUUUACAGGAUAAUGUAAGAGAUGAUUACAUAGCGGUUCAAGAGAAUAUUUUAAAUCAAAUUAAGUUAAUUCUUGAAAGUUACGAUUUUGCCAAUGUGAAGAACUUUUUGUUACCUCUGUUGUCUAAAUUAUUCGUAAAGACAACUAGUCUUACUGUCAAGGUGUCGUGUGUUGAUUGUUUUGAAACAAUGGUCACUACAAAAACGAUUGACAAAUUCACAUGUAAUGAUAGUAUUCUACCACUAUUUAAGACCAUGAAGACGAGGGAUGCGAGAAUCUUAAUGAAAUCACUGAAAUUAUUUGAAACUAUCCCCCAAUUGGUUACUGGCGAGGAAACAUUAGUUGACCAACUAUUGCCUCUUCUUUGGAGCUAUUCAAUGGCAUCUACUCUGGGGAAAACAGAUUACAUGCAAUUUGUAAAGAUUAUCAAUAAAUUAUCUAGUGAUAUUCAAAAGGCACAUAUGGAAAAAUUAUCCGACUUACCAUCAAUACGUGAUAUGGAUAGUUCCAAAGGUUUUACUAAGAUUAUUCAAGAAAAUGAAAGUAAGAAACAUGAGGAUCCUGAUUUACUAGCCAGUAGGAAUAUAGCAGCACCCAUAAUGAAUCCGAAAAAGAAAAUUAAUAUCACUUUAAAUAAAACAUCAUCAACUAAAGUAAUCUCCUCUACCGACAGAAAUACUUAUACUAAUGAGAAACCUGGUGCUACUGGAUAUUCCAUUAAUCCUCCAGUAGUAAAACCUGUACCUCAAGUACCUAUUCAACCACCUAAAACAUCUCCGCAAGUAAGUUACCAUGAUAAUGAUAAUGAUAAUGAUAAUGAUAAUGAUAAUGGCGAUUUUGAUAGUUUUGUGUCAGCGACACAACCAUCUAUCAAACCUGCACAGACAACGACAUCUCGGAGUUCCCUUCCUCCAGGCUUCUCCUCUACGCUGCUGACACCUAAUAGAAAGGAUGUGACUGCUUCUACAGUAUAUGGUUCCACGGCCACAUCGGAUUCCUUGAUAUGA